AUUUAUAUCUCUCGUUCUUCCGAUCUUCAAAUUCCGAAAUACCUGGCCCUGACUUUGAAGCGCGAUAAAUGCUCGCCUACAAUCGAUCGCUUCUUUGACUUUAUUACUAUGAUUUCUUCGACCUCUGGUAUAGUCGUACGAGGAUCGAAAAGAUAAUUUUAAAAAUUGCGCAGAAUUUGAGGAAACGUUGGACGAGUCUGGCGGUAACUAGGAAGGACGAUCACAUUGAUGCGAAUAUUUCGAUUUAUACGAUGACACUUUUAUAGAAUGAUUUAUUGUUUAACAUUUUUUAUAAGUAGCAACGAGGACGUUGAUAUAUGUAUUUGGAAAUAAUAUUAACCGGAUGCGAUGUCAUCGAGCUUCAUGAAAUUUUAAAGAUAGUAACGCGUUUUAGGGUCAAACAAAUACAUUACCUAUGUUAUUUUAAGCACGUCCGCGCGAGAGAAAAGAAGUGCGUCGUUUGAAAUAUAUUUACGAUGGAUAUUUCGUUGCGAGUCUCUACGUUCGAUUCCAUGGCGAACUCGUGAUCGCCUUUUUCACACCGAUCGUGUUCAAUAAGAUGUACUACCUGUUACCGACAAUCUCGGUCAUUCCUUUCAACUUUUGGUAAAUGUUACCUGAACGAUCAUUAGGAAGCCAACUCUAUGUAUACAUGUACGUAUCAUAUAAUUUUCCGUUCGCUUCAACGAUUAUGACAAUGACAACGUGGUAGCAUUAAUCUUGAAGCGCCUAAUUGCUCGUUAACACUUAGAAUCAUUUGUCAGGACCAUUCUCGAAAGGAAUGAUUUAUGACCUGACGCAUCAUUCGUAUUAUGCACGCGAAUGCGUUUUUCUUUUUUCUCUCUUUUUUUUUUUUUUGGUAUUAAAUCGUAACAUUAAGCUCAUCGAAAUAUUUCUUGAGAAAAAUCGAAAAGUUAAGAAAGGUUUCUAUGCCAAUGAUUCUUUAGCUUUCUUUUCUAUUUAACAACGAACAGGAGGAAGUAUAAUACGAAGAAGUUGAAGAACUUGAAAAAGAAGAAGAAUGGAAAUGAGAAACGAUCCUCGUCAUCGUUCGAUCGAUCGAUUCUGCGGUUCAGAACGCGACCGUACUUUACCAUAUGUAGUCAUUCCGUUGCUACCAGUGGAACGCGACCCCAUUACCUUAAUCUUUUACCGGUUGUCGGUCGUCGUACUUCGCGUGAAUUUGUUUUUGAUUGGAGCGUAUCUACGACCAGUCGAUUAUACGAUUUUCACUGUCGUCCAAACGUAUACCUUUUUUGUCGUAUCGCCAACUUUUCGUUUUUAUUAUUUUUUUUCCUCGAGCAAUACAAAAUUCUUAUAUGUCGGAUCAAAUCUAAUUGAAUGAAGAGAUUGAAAUUUAUGAUUAUUAACUGUAAUUGAUAAUAGCCAAUAAUUUGAUCGUUAUUUGGAUUAAUAUUUAAGUAGAAGAAAGUUCUAAGAAAAGCAAACUUUAAGUAGAACUUUUUAAGAAAUAAAUGAUAUGUAUUUCGAAGAAUCGAUCGGUACAAUGCAAAAUACGCUGUUUUUGUAUUGGACAAAAAAAAAAAAGAAAGAAUAACAAAAAGAAAAGAAUAAAAAAAAAAGGAACACAUUUUGUAGAAAGCAAAGAUUCCAUCCUUCCGGUGAUUUCGAACGUUCUUAAUCGAUCACUCGCUUUUACUUCGACAAUCCAACAAAAUAUUCUUCCUUUUGUUUCCUAUUAGACGAGCAAUUAAUUGUCUCGAGUGUGCAGGUGCGAUCCGUCCCUCUUCUAUAUCAAAAGAAGUCGUCACUGGCGGAUCUAGAACGCGAUGAUCGUAAGAAAAAUGGACCUAGAUGUUUCGCCCCGAUCCUGACCGGUUUCUUCGACGUCCAAAGCGGUGCGCAGACGCGAUCGAAUCCUCUUAAUCGUGAACGAAACUCGCACAUUGUAUUCUACCUGCUACAUACGCAAAACUUGCUACGAUGAUAUCGCGUUAUCGUCUUGUAUGACAAUAGAAAUCAACAUGGAGGAAUCUUGUGUGCUACUUCAAAGUAAGAAUCUUAAAACGGUACGGACAGAUGGAUGCGGUAACGAUGGAGAAUCGCUAAUUAACGUUUAUCUCACACCUCUCUCUUUCUCUCUCAAACUCAUACAUAGCUAAACAUAUACGAAUGUAUAUAUGCAUGUGUGUGUGUGUAUAUAUAUAUAUAGACACACAAACACGUUGAUUUCAUGAUGCUCGAUAAAGCAACUCUAACGGUAUACGAGAAUUUUUAUCGUUUUUUUUAUGAUUCAAAAUACUAUCGAAAUUCUCGUCUACCUGUUUGACAUCACGUUCAAUGGAUUUAUCACCAUUAUUGGUAUUAAAUUUGUAUAUAACUAGAGUGGAUAUGAUUGAAAACGAUCGUACGAUACGACGAGUCCAUCAAACGCGAAUGUGAAUUGUUAGUGUUAAAUAUUCAUUUUUUUCCUGAUAAUAUCUAAUGUUAAUAUCAUUAUGAUCGAAGUAUAAAUAUUCACACAUUUCAGUUUAGAUCUCUGUUCCAAGUGUUGUUCCGAGUAUUAUAAUUUAAAUCGAAUAUCGUAUAUAUGUGAAAAUUUAAAUGUACAUACAUAGAUAAAUUUCGAUCUUAAUUCGAUUCAUCGAACCAUCAUAACACAAAUUUUUUAAUAUCAUAAAUUACGGAGACGGAAGAUUUAAUUGAAAUGCAUUAAUCCAUCUUUAAUAUAUACUGACAAUGAGAUAGAUUAAAUUUGGAUUUAUCGAUAGGUCGACAUACAUAUAUAUUCUUGUUUAUUUAUAUUUCUGAUGUGUUAUAAAGAGAAUGUGAAAAUUUGGAAGGAGUGUGAUUUUACGACGAGCACAUGUCGACAUCGUCGAUCGUAAGGCUCGUGAAUGUCAGGGAGACAGAAGAACGCAGAUCGCUAGAGGCAGUGUUCCGCUGACCUACUCCACGAUUAUCACUCACUACAGUCGAUCGCGUCGUUGUACGGCGACUGCAGGUGCGUGUGCGUUAACUAGCCUUACCAACUAUAUGUGUAUAUAUGUAUAUAUAUAUGUAUGUAUGUAUGUAUGUAUGUAUGUAGGUAUGAUAUGUAUGUACAUAUGUUUGUUGUAUGUAUUUAUGUAUUUAUGUAUGUAUGCGUGUAUGUUUGUAUGUUGUAUGUAUAUAUGUAUGUAUGUAUCUAUGUAUGUAUAUAUGUAUGUAUGUACGUGUACCAUGCUCAGAGAAAAGGAGGACGCACUCCGCGGGGACGUAAUCAAAUAAACGGAGCCGUUUUAUUCAGCCAUCGUUGAAUCCUCUCCUUCCUCAUUCUCUUCAUUCUCAUAUUUCGACGCGAUCCAGGAAUACGUACUCCACGUACAUAAUAAUAAGUACUUACUUUAGCACGAUUAACACGAUAAAAUCCAAUAAACACGUCAUUUAAUAAUCACACUUUUCCAAGAAUGUAUAUAGAUAUAUGCGAUUGAUAUCACUCUGCUGAUUAAAAUUAACAAUCAAAACAAUUUCUUGGCAAUUAUUCGUAUAGUUGAAAGUUUUAAAAUUUAAUCGAUAUAUCCUUUAAAACUUGACAACAAUUUUUAUUUUAAUAUUAUGAGAUACAUGUACAAUAAUUGUUUAUUUAGUAACGUAUGUGAAAGAUUCUAGGAAUUAUGAAUCAUACAGUAUACACAAUGUAUGUAUUGUUUAAUAAUGUAAAUACGAGAUGAACAAGAUGAGACGUGUUUAUUCUGUAACUAACAACAAGCCUAUGAGAAGAAGAACGAAGGUCGAUGUUUUUGUUAAACAUAGUGCCAAUAUUAUUUUGGUAACUACGUUCGAGGAUACAUUCUUUGAUUAGAUCUCAGCGGAGAAGGUUGUAGCUGUUAUUAAUCAAUUUCAACGAUGCGUAGUAUUCUUAAACUUCGUUUCGUGGAGAAAGUAUGGCGGAUUGCUUCUCGACGAUUCAUCGCCAAGCUUGAUGGAGUACGAAACAUGGAGAAUCCUAUUGGGAACGUUCCAUUGACCGACUAUUUGCUGUAUUCGAAUAGAAGAAGGUACGACCCAUAAAUCGUGUUUGUUAGACGUGAAACAGUCACGAGCAUCUACAAAGAUGUUUCGAGUAGAAGAAAAACGUACACACGAUGGAGAGGACGUGGCGGAGUAUACGGAAGACGGCCUUUAUCUUAUUGCUGCCCUUACUAUUGCUAGCCGAUGUAAAAUGCGAGGCACCGCUCGUCGACAGUAGCGCGUUGCCAUUGGAGCACAGAUCGGUGUAUGGUCCACCUGCACAAUAUGGACCACCCACAUCGCACGGUGCAGAAGAGAAUUGGCCUUUGGCUUCGCCGGAUACACCGCAGAUAAAACAUCUACAGGUGCAAUGCGAGAAAACGCAUAUGCGUGUUAACAUCGAGUUCGAUCGGCCCUUUUAUGGGAUGAUAUUCAGCAAGGGCUUUUAUUCGGACCCCCAUUGCGUUCAUCUCAAACCAGGGACCGGUCAUUUGAGCGCAACUUUCGAGAUCUUUUUGAAUUCAUGCGGCAUGACAUCAUCCGCCAAUCACAACGUAGCUGCUUAUGGAGCACCUACGCCAUCGGGUAGUUACGUUGAGAACACGAUCAUCGUUCAGUACGAUCGUUACGUUCAAGAAGUUUGGGAUCAGGCCAGGAAACUUCGUUGCACGUGGUACGAUUACUACGAGAAGCAAGUUAAUUUUAGGCCGUUCCAAGUCGACAUGUUGCACGCUGUAACAGCUAACUUCCUUGGAGAUAAUCUACAAUGUUGGAUGCAAAUACAAGUGGGUAAAGGACCAUGGGCUAGCGAGGUUUCGGGUAUCGUUAAGAUCGGACAAACCAUGACCAUGGUACUUGCUAUCAAGGACGUAGAAAAUAAAUUCGAUAUGCUGGUCAGAAACUGUGUUGCCCAUGACGGCAAGAGAGCACCGAUUCAGCUGGUCGAUCAGUACGGCUGCGUCGUCAGGCCAAAGAUCAUGUCCAGGUUCCAUAAAGUGAAGAACUUCGGGCCGAGUGCUUCCGUCGUUAGUUUCGCUUAUUUCCAAGCCUUCAAAUUCCCCGACAGUAUGAACGUUCACUUCCAAUGCGUGAUCCAAGUCUGCCGUUACAAUUGCCCCGAACUGAAGUGCGGUCAUCCGGGCUUGGAAUAUGGAGCACCUGCUGCUCCGUUGUCUCAGGAUUACGGCACUCCGGCUCACCAAAGCGUGUCCUCCGAAUAUGGACAACCCCCGUUGCCGGAGUACAGUGUACCACCCGCUUAUCCCGAUCCCAGGCAUCCUAGUGGACCAGCUGGUGCUUUCAGCGAGCCCAACCCAGACGUGGUCCCAGCACCUCAAGCACAAACGUCGUCAUCGUCGCCAAGUUCGACGCCUGGCGAUGCGACCGCGAGUAGUUCACCUCAAAGUCCUCAUGAUAACAUUCAUCUCCCUCCACCUCCUCUGCCCGGUCAUCCAGUCGGAGCUUAUCAAACGGUUAAAAGAAAAGGCACGGCUGGCUCGGAGGAGCUCGAGGGUAACCUAGCCACCCUCGGAGGCCGACCGAGGUCGGUCGAAGGUUUUCCAGCAGAGCUUAGGGGAGCUCGAAGACGAAGGCACGAUCGUCUAGAGGAAGACGACGACAGUUUCUACCAUACCGUCACUCUAGUCACGAAUCACGUGUACAAGCGAGCUGCCCAAGAGAUGACAGACGUGAACACGUCGAGAAUAAUCCAAGUGGUUGCGCCCGGUGACGUGAAUUUUGCACUGGGCACGACGAAUUCGAACAAUGACACCACAGUAGUAAUACAAAACGCUAGCGCCUCGACCGAUCCUGAAACGAUUUGUAUGAGUUUACCAGGCUUCGUUGGGGGUUUAGUGAUGUUGCUACUCGUUGUCGUCGUAGCCUCUCUCGUAGCUGCUUUCCUAUUCGUCAGGGUACGUUCCGUCGAUCGGAAGAACGUUGGCAUUGGAAGCACCUUCGUUCAUCCGGCAUACGCUACUGAAAAUUGUACCGUACCGAAUCCCGAGUUCAUCAAGGUCGCCAAUUGAGAAGAGGCGUUCUUGCGUCAGACCACUUAAGGACCUCGAAUAAGGACCUUUACGUUGGAAGGAGGGAACGUCGACGAUCCUAAAGGAAAGGACACCCUUGGGACCGCUCGUCGAGACGUUAUUUCGUUCACGACUCGAAAUUCAUCGAGGAUUCCUUCUCCUUAUUCUUUUUAUUUCUUUCUAUCCCUUUUCUUCUUCUCCCGUUUCUUCAUAUUCGUCGCUUAUCGAAUCGUUUCCCUCGAAAUCAGGAUUCCUAUCUAUUUCCUUCUUGCUCUCUUCUUCUCUCUUUCUCCUUCUCUCUUUCUCUUUCUCUUUUUUCUUCCUUUUCUAUUCCCGUACGAUCAAAUUCUCCGCAGAGAUAUCGGGAUACUUCGAGUAGACAUUCGAUCAUAUCGACUUUUCAAGUUGGAGGAAACUUUCUCGUUCGUAUCCUGACCAAAUUUCUCGUGUUAAUCGACGGAGAAAACGGAGAAUGGGAACGUCCUUUGGUUAAAGUUACACCUUAUGAGAAACUAAAGUUAGAUCAAACGUUUUCCAUUUAUUGACGUAUUCCUCAACGAAGGUCGAAGAUAUGCACUUUCUUUUUCUUUUUCUUUCCUUUUCUUUUUUCUUUCGUAUAGAUGAGAUAAUAGAUCGUUUUUAUGAUCGCUCGAGUACGAAAGUAAUCGAGAUAGCGUUUAUCGCAGAGCGAGUCAUCUUCCACGUCAAGUGGUUAAUACACCUGCGAUUUUGCCAAUGAAUUUGUAAGAUCGCAAGAGUAUCGACUACUUUAGUUUUCGAAGGACAUUGUACAUAAUUCGCAGGCUAUCGGAUUGUCCUUCCAGACUUUCAAUUGAAAUUCGCACAAAAUCCUGCGCUUCCGACCAUCACCCGUGCACCCCUUAUUAUUUAUAUAUUCACUCACCCACUCACAUAUACACAUAUACACAUACAUAUACUUGAUGUUUCAUUUUAAAUCGAACGCCUAAUUGUUGCUCCUGAUUAGAGUAGUACGAAAGAAAAUGUAACUGAACGAAUUUGCAUCGUUCGAAGAGAGAAAGGCUGUCAUGUAAAAUUGUAUUUUUUUUCUGAGAUAAAUCUUUUUCCUUUUUCCUUCGAGAUAUCAAGAUCAUCGGUAUUCUUUUUGAUGGAAUAUAUUUUUGUUAAAACGAUAGCUCUUACAACAAAAAUAAACUCGGGGAUAUCGUUGUUUUUUUUUUUACAUCGAGACGAGGUAGAAUAAAAAAAAGGACUUCCACGUGUCAUCGUGAAUUCUCUCUUCGAAUGCAACUUUGUCUUUUUCUCUUUUAUUUUUUUUUAUUUUUUUUAAUACCAACUCGUUCCAAGGAAAAUAUUUAAGUAUUCGGUUUAAAAAUGAAACAACCUGUAUAUACGUAUCAUACACGUGUAUCAAAUCGUAUCUCUCUUGUUUCACUUGAAAUAAUUUCGUAUCAUCCUCAUCGUAGCUCAGGACGUGUCGCAAGCUUCACGAUUUGUCGCCAUCGCGAAAAGCUCAUCGAAGUUCGCCUCGUUAGGCGACCUCUUAUUAUUUAAGAAUUUUCUAUUUAUUUUGUCUUCGUUAUCUUUAGUUUAUUCUUAAUAAAAAUACACGUACACAUAUACAUACAUACAUACAUACAUACAUACAUACAUACAUACAUACAUACAUACAUACAUACAUACAUACAUACUUUCUCUUUUUUCUCUUUGUCUCUCUUUCUCUCAUUUCAUCCUCACCCAUCGAUCGAUCUAACCCUAACUUAUUUUAUUUUUUUCUCGACAUCUCGAUCUUUUUUCUCUCCUACGUAUCCUCUCUUUUUAUAUAUUUCGUUUAACGUUUAAGUUAUAACGAGAAGAUAACAAGAAAAAUAUUCCCGCGUCGAGGGAAUAUUGUAUUACGUAUGUGUUUUAAGCACACCCCCAUACACACGUGACAGACAGUUUUUAUUAAUUGUUCUUUUUGUUUUUGUUUUUUUUUUUUUUCUUUAAUUUAAGUUGAAAAACAAAGACCGAGAAAAGCACACGAUACACAUUACAUUACGAACGAAUAUAUUGUACGAAGAAGAAACAUGCAUUUCUAUUUUUUUUUCCUUUUUUUUCUUUUCUUUUUUUGCGCGCGAUCGAUACUCGCGAAAGAGCUGACAUCACAUUUAUUGUACGUACGUAUGUGUUGUACUACACGCGUCACAAACGAAAGGGUGGAUGCGCGUGUACGAGACAUUAUAUUCUCGAUUAUUUGAUAAUUAUUUUAAUUACAUUGAUCAUUUUUAUCUAUACGUCUACCUCGGCGUUCGUGUUUUUUCUUUCCCGUCGACCUUUGUACUAUACUCAAAAUUGGAAUCAAAU